AUGCGCUUCGCUCUGUGGUCCGCUGCCUUCUUCGCCGGCUGCAUGGCUGCUCCCAUCCUUCCGACGCACCCGCUCAUUGUCCGAAGAGAAUUGACUGAGGUAAGGAUCGCUGGACGAAUGGUGAAGUGUGGGUAUGCAAAGCCUUUGAUUGCGCGUGCUGACGAUAAUGUGAUUCGUCUUUUCGAAGCCUGUCUGAUUAAAACUGACGGCUGGUAUAGAAUGAUGUAUGCUUAUCGUAUCCUGUAUCUGGGGUAUGAGUUACUGACCUGCACAGGGCCUGAUCUUGGUAUGUGCUGGAUUGUAGACACAGGUGAACGUGAGUUCACCCAGUCCGUCCAGACUUAUGCCAUGCUGAUUUCCUUAGAACAAUGUCAGCCUUCUGAGCUUUGUGCGUAUCCCACCGACGACAUUGAGAUCCAAACUAACCCAGUCCAUAUUAACGCCUGCUUCCACCACCAGAAAGAAAAGCGCGAAAACGACGAACCGUUGACCUCCGAUGGCGAUGUGGACCCUGUCAACGACGGCGAGGUCAACAACAACAUCUCGCUGAUCCGGCUCUGCUAG